GAUAAGCUUGAACGUUUCUUAGAGAGCUUUCGAAAAUGGAGAAGCAACCUAAAUCAAAAAACAAGAUCCUCAAGUUUUUACCCAAAGCAGCUUCUGCCGUAUACUUCCAAAACCCUGCAUUUAGCCCUGGUCGAGACAAGAGAUCAGAUAAUCAUUUCCACAGGUUCAAAGCUCAUGCCGGUAAAGGAUUUUCCGGUCCCAUAGUUCCCAUGAUCCCCGAUGAAGUUAGACGGAAACCCAAGAAUGGUAGCUUCGAUACCCAAGAACCCACCUCGCCUAAAGUGUCUUGCAUGGGCCAAAUCAAACACAAGAAGAAGAUGGUGAGCAACUGCAAGGCGGCCAAACGUGCUUCGCCUCCUCGAGAAACAAAGCCUGCAUCGUCUCCACGAGAGGUAAAGAAACAUGGUUCCACGAUUAAGAGGCUCUUUACCAGUGGUAAAACGACUGAGAGGAGGAGGAGAUCUGAUGCUUCUGUCUAUGAUAAGCAAGCACUUUCAGCUGAUAGAGCACCUUCUUUGAAUCAGAUGAAGCGGUUUGCGAGCGGUCGUGAUACUUUUGCCAACUUUGACUGGACGGCUCAUCAGAUUGCUCCGUUGGAUUCAGAUCAGCGGGAUUAUUGUUCCGAUGAAGAAGACAGAAUACACAGUGAUGAAGAAGAUGAAGAGGUGAUUAUUCCUUUUUCUGCGCCUAUAAUAGGUGGUGACUUGCAGCCAAGAAAAGAAGUUAAUCUAUGGAAGAGAAGAACCAUGAAUCCACCUAAGCCUCUCCAACUGAAUUUAACGGUUUAAGCAAUGUGAAAAGAUACAAAUUUUCUUCUUCCAUUUAGUAUUUGGUUAUUUUUAUGGUUAUGCUUAUCUUAGAUUGGAGAAUUAAGCACAGAGUGAAAUUAAUCUCUAUGUAAUUAAAUAUACAGAUUGAUUGUAUGUUCAUAUCAAUUAUUACUCUGUGAAUUUCAUAACCUUAAUCAAUUUGAUUUAUUC